CUGGUAAUUGGCUCGCUCUCGCCCCCCUCUCUCUCUGUCUGCCACGAAACCCAGCGUAUCUCUGCUCUGCUAUUUUUAUUCCUAUUUUUAUUUACUAUCGUAUUUAUUUUUUUGUAUUCUAUUUAUUCUAUUUAUUCUUCUUCUUUUUCUACUCUAAUCCUCCCCCCAAUCCACACCCCUUGCCAGCUGGCGUGUAACCCCCUCCCCCCGGCGCCAAAUCAGCACAGCACCCAAAAAACAACUGACCAGCUUGGCGGACGAACAAGCGGCCGUAGCAUUGACAGGUGCUGGUACUUGUUCGACGAUAUUUCUUAACACAUCCACACCACCCACCCCAUACACCGCUGCUAGUCCGGCAGUUAGACCAAAGUCCACGCGCUAGUGGCCCUUGGUUUCUAAGCUAGCCCGCCGCAGUACCCGCAAGGCGAGCCAGGGCAUGCCAGCCGCUCCCUCUAUAGCGCAAGUGAAUGCCGUGCUAGGGGACCGCCCCCCGUCCCUCGCCUUGAAUUGUCUUUGCCUCGCCCCAAAAAAGCCCUCUUCGCUCUCUCUCACCUUGACCUCUUCUUCCUCUUCUUCCCUUUUUUCCCUCUUCUCUAUUUUUUCCCUUCUUCCUACUGCUUCCGGCCUAUCGUUUUAUUCUCGCAGCGUCUGCUUGGCCCUUUUUCGGCUUGCUCGGCUCUCUUCUUUUUGUGGCCUGAUUUUUACGGCUUCGAUUCCUUUUUUCUUAUUUCUCCAGCCUGGCCUUCUCUCGCCUCGCCGCGUCACUGCCUCCUCUGGAAAAGCAGCCCCCAUCGUUUCUGCAGCCUCGCCGUACGCAGCGAACGCCCUUUCGUAUUUCCCACACCAACAUCACCCGACCUCGUCUCGCAAAACCGUUUUUCUUUUGCCGCACGCUCGUCGCUUCUCGCAAGCGCCGCUCGACUCUUUUUUAAUUCCCUCGACGUUUUAGACGCCGGCCGCUUUUUUUUUUUGUGUCGCCAGAGUGAUGCUACCGCGCCAUCACUAGCAGCAGCACGUCUUCACCUCUUCCCGAGCCAAUACUGCUCAUUCAUGUCACGGCUGCUGCAACUCGAUGGAACACUGCUCCAAAAAGCGCAAGCUUGCUCCCAAGCUGCCGUCGCCGCUGUCGUCGGACGCUCGGCUGCCGCAUCAUAGUCACCAUACCCCCGAACAGUCCGACUCUGCCGACUUUGGCUCCUUUGCCCGACACCUCCAAGAUGCCGCCCUCUACAUCCAGAGCCAAGCGGCGUCUGCCACGACCAGCUAUAAAGACGUCUCUGUCCUCAUAAUACGAUGGGAAAACGAUGCCUACAACGUCCAAGACUCCAUGGACCUCGAGUCUGUUUUCCACCACCAGUUUGGCUACCGCAUCGAGCCCUGUAUGAUCCCCGUCGUCCAGAAUCCAUUUGCCAAGCUCGGUACCCAAAUUGGGGCCUUUCUCGACAGCAAGCCCGGUAACCUCUUGAUUGUCUACUACUCCGGCUACAGCUACCAGGACCACAACGGCCAGCUCUACUGGGCAAAUGAUAGCAGAGAAGACGCCGCCAGGAUAAAAUGGGAUGGCCUUCGAUGCCUCUUUGACGAAGCCCAGGCAGAUAUGCUACUUAUCCUCGAUUCCUGCUUCCCAUACAACAACCCCGCCACAUCCAACCACGGCAUCAAGCAGCUCAUUGCUGCCCACACCCCCGAAGCCGCCGCUCCCAAGGAUGUCCCGCCAGCGAUGACGCCAUAUCUUCUGGAUGCCCUCCAGCGUGUCGGAACCCAGCCAUUCACGGCCGAGUCACUGUUUAGAGAAAUUCACCGGAGCAUGCGUGAACGAUAUCCCGACCUUGCUGGGCCAGUAUUUUCGCAACUCACCAGCGGGUCGCAUCAAGACUUGAUUCUGACGCCACUGGACCGUCACCGCAAAGAUGGCACGCCCGAGCAGGAAAAUUUGAUUGAUGGUGAGACGGCACGCAAGUUGGCCUUUGGCGAGACUAGAGUCCUCGUCUGCACAACCUUUGUCGGAGAUUCUAGCCCCAACAUGGAACACUUUCACCACUGGCUCCAGCGAACGCCGUCCCCCGCCAAGAUCAAGAUCGAAUCCCUGUUCCUCGGCCCUCCCACCAUUCUCAUCAUCUCUAUGCCACACUCAGUCUGGGAGGUUAUUCAGCACGACAAUGUCUGCCGCUUCCUCGGUCAGAUUACGUCCAGCAACCUCAUUAAUGUAUACGACAAGGUGAUUGAAAACACAAAUGCCGCAUACCCCCCGGUAAAGACCAGGCAGGAUUCCGCAGAAAUGCAAGAGGCUGCUGAGCAACUGAAAGCUCUUAGCCAUGUUCGUCACUCACCGCCAUCUCAUGCACCCGCCCGAGGCACUCUGGCUAGCAUCCUAUCUCCGGUGACUAUUGAUGGCCGUUUCCCUGUCGAUGUCCGUAACUCGGUCAUGGCAAGCAGCAGCGGCAGCAGCCAUCAUGUCAACAACAAUACUAGCAGCAGCAACAACAGCACUGCGAAUAACAACAUCAGCACCACCAACAACAAUACCGCCACCGCCAAUAACAACAACACCAAUAUCCACACUCAAAAUGAUGUCACUCUCCCGCCACUGGGCUUUGCAGCGUCGGAUUCCUCUCUCGCCCGCAAACCACGACCGCGCCAGCCAUCCAAGGCAGACGUAAGCUGCACACAUUGCAGCCACGCACCGUUCCGGGACGCAUCCUCUCUGCGUAAGCACAUUGCCGCUGCACACACCCGCCCGUUCCCGUGCGCCUUUUCGUUUGCCGGCUGCACCUCCACGUUUGGUUCCAAGAAUGAGUGGAAGCGCCACAUUGGUUCACAGCAUCUCUGCCUCCAGUACUACCGAUGCUCCGCUUGCCCCUCGACGACAGCCGACGGCAAGGGCAACGAGUUCAACCGCAAGGACCUCUUUACUCAGCACCUCCGCCGCAUGCACGCUCCCGUAGACGUCAAGCGAAGCCUUCCUCACGAGCCUCAAGAAGAGUGGGAGGCGCACGUCCGCGCCAUGCAAGACUCGUGCUUAGUCACACGCCGCCAGCCUCCCCAAAAGUCUGCCUGCCCCAAAGCUGAGUGCAAGAUUAUCUUUGAAGGCCGCCGUGCUUGGGACGAGUGGACGGAGCAUGUUGGCCGUCACAUGGAAAAGGGUCAAACCGACGGCCUCGGCGUAGAUAGACUCCUGGUAGAAUGGUCCAUUCGUGAAGGAAUUGUGGAAGGAGAGGAAGGAAACUAUCGCCUGGUAGGAGCCAGCGAUAAGGGAGCCGACAAGAUGACGUUUUCCAACGACAAGGACGAGGGAAGUCAAUCGUCGUUGCACGAUGGGCGGGCAUGGGGACGUGAUUAAACAAGUUCCAGAGGAGGGAAAGUUCCUGUCUACUGGUUAGACUGGUUGCAUUGCUGGCGUUGCAUUUCCGGCGUUUGGAAAUAUACACUUAUUGUGAUUUAUUUACCAGCCCUUUAGGGUCUUCUUUGCCCCUUGUCUGUUUUUUUUAUUUUUAUUUUUAUCUUUUUAUUUUGAACCGAUGUAUUACCUCUCCACCUGGAAUUUCUAUAUAUAGCUUCGAUUCUGAUGAAUGAAUUACAAUAAAGAAGAAAAUAUUACGCUGUACCUUGUGUCUCUUGUGAAUCGUGAUGGAAACCCAACCUUUAGCAUACUGCUUCUCUAGUACGCCUCU